AAGCGCAGCUCAUGAAUAUUAACGAUCCAGCCUUCAGCAUAGUACUAGCUAGUCAUUCGGCGUUCGGAAAGCGGCCGGGAUGACGAGCAGCGCCAGGUACAAGAGCAGGACGGUGAAAUCAGAGGAUGGAGAGGAGAAAGAGUAUGUUGGUUUCGCCACACUCCCCAAUCAGGUUCACAGGAAGUCGGUGAAGAAAGGGUUUGAUUUCACGCUCAUGGUGGCAGGAGAGUCUGGCUUAGGGAAAUCCACACUGAUCAACAGCUUGUUCCUCACAGACCUGUACAAGGACCGCAAGCUGCUGAACGCUGAAGAGCGCAUCAGCCAGACGGUGGAGAUCAUCAAACACACGGUGGACAUCGAGGAGAAAGGAGUCAAGCUCAAACUCACCAUCGUGGACACUCCGGGUUUCGGAGACGCCGUCAAUAACACAGAGAGCUGGAGGACCAUCACUGACUACAUCGAGCAGCAGUUUGAGCAGUAUUUCCGGGACGAGAGCGGCUUGAACAGGAAGAACAUCCAGGAUAAUCGUGUUCACUGCUGCUUAUACUUCAUCUCUCCAUUUGGACACGGGCUGCGGCCGGUGGAUGUGGAGUUUAUGAAGGCUCUGCAGGACAAGGUGAACAUCGUACCGCUCAUUUCCAAGGCCGACUGUCUGACGCCGGCGGAGAUGAGGAAGAUGAAGGACAGGGUGAGGGAGGAGAUCGAGAAGUUCGGCAUUAAAGUUUAUCAGUUUCCAGACUGUGAUUCAGACGAGGACGAAGAGCUGAAGCAGCAGGACCGAGAGCUGAAGGAAAGCACUCCAUUUGCUGUGAUUGGGAGCAACACUAUAGUCGAGGUCAAAGGUCAGCGGGUGAGAGGGAGACUUUACCCAUGGGGCAUCGUGGAAGUGGAGAAUCAGUCUCAUUGUGAUUUCGUCAAGCUGAGGAACAUGUUGAUUCGCUCACACAUGCACGACCUGAAGGACAUCACAUGCGACGCUCACUACGAGAACUACAGAGCGCAGUGCAUUCAGCAGAUGACCAGCAGCAAGCUGACGCAGGAUAAUCGUGUGGAGAGUCCCAUCCCGAUCCUGCCUCUGUCCACCCCUGAUGUAGAAACAGAGAAACUGAUCAAGAUGAAGGAUGAGGAGUUGCGGAGGAUGCAGGAGAUGCUUCAGAAGAUGCAACAGCAGAUGCACGAGCAGGACCUGUGAAAACACUCACCCUUUAACCACAAGCAGACACUCAACACUUUAACACACACUGAAGGAUGUGGAGGAGGAAACAAACACAUGCAUUAACACUUUAGUUUAAGGACCAAUUCUCACUCUUAAAGGGACAGUUCACCCAAAAAUGACCCCAUUUGUUUACCCCUGAAUGUUCUGUUGCUUAGUUACAAACUUCUCAAUCAUCUUGUCACAUAACUUUUUUAUAUUUAAUUUCCUACUAUAUUGGAGAUGCAGAGUUAAUCUGAAAAUAGCAUCACACGCAUCCUUAUAUUACUUCAGAAUAUUCCUGAAGAUUAAUUAUUAUUACAGCACUUUAGUGCCACUUAAAAACCAUUAUGAUAUUAAAGCAAUGAAGUUGAAAUACUACGAGAACAAAGUCGAAAUGUUAUGAAAGUAGAGGAGCUACUUCAGAAAUUAAGUUGAAAAAUUACAUGAAUAGUCAAAAUAUUAUGGGACUAAAUUUGAAAUAUUACAUGAAUAAAGUCAAAAUAAUAGUAGAAUAAAGUGUAAAGAUUGAGAAUAACUGAAAUAAUUAAAGAAAAAAGUACAAAUAUUAUGAGAAGUUGAAAUAUUACCUACAUUAUUGUAAAUGUAACAUUUGAAGAAUAAGUUGAAUUAAUUUAAGAAUAAAGUUAAAAUAUUAUGUAAAUUAAUACAAAUAAUAUGAGAUUAAAUUCUGAACAUUUCAAGAAUGAAGUCUAAAUAACAGAAGAAUACAUUAAUUUACAAGGAUAAUAAAGUUGCAAUUUUACGAGAAUAAAUUUGCAAUAAAUUAAUUCCAAAUAUUAGACAAGAUUAAAUUCAGAACAUUUCAAGAAUAAGUUGAAAAUUAUGAGAAUAAAUUCAAAAUAUUAAUAAGUCAAAAUAUUAUCAUUUUAAAGACAAAAAUAUUUAAAAAACUAAAUAUAAAGUCAAAAUAUUAUGAGAGAAGUGUAAAUAUUUUGCUACGUUGAAAUAAUAUGUGAAUACAGUAAAAUUAUUAUGAGAUCAAAAUCCUAAUAUUAUUAGUAUAAAGUGGAAAUAUUACAAGAAUAAUUGAAAUAAUUAGAGAAGUCAAAAUAUUACGAGAAUAAGUUGAAAUAUUCAUUCAUUUAUUUUCUUGUCGGCUUAGUCCCUUUUAAUAAUCCGGGGUUGCCACAGAGGAAUGAACCGUCA